AUUUCUUAAACUUUGUUACAUUAGAAAAUAACUGAUAUUCUGCAUAGGAAGAAAAAAGUAUAGAUAUAAUAAUACAAAUGAGUUUCAGAAGACGAUUAAUUGGGGAGGUAUGAAGAUAUUUGAUAUUUUAGUAAGUAAUAAAGGUUAAUAAGAGUGAAGUGCUGUUUUUUCCUAUUUCUGGUAUGACGUCAAUGCUCCGAAGCACUCCAAAGGGAGCUUCCCCUCAGAAAAGAAGAAUCGUCAGGACGGGAAGGACGAAGCUCUAAACUGUCUGACUAACAUGGAUUAUUUUUUGUUUUCUGAUUGAAGUAGCUAUUAUUAUUAUUAUCAUCAAUUUUCCUUUUUAACGGAAGCAUGAAGACUUUUUAUUUUGCGAUGAACACAAUAAUGAAUAACGUUAUGCUCUUAAUCCUCACUGUGGUCCUCGUGACUUCUGCUGCUGAGCCCAGUCGCAGGUCGGCUUUGUCAGAAGACAAAACUUGGAACAAGACAUCCAGCCAGAUUCUUUGCAAGGAAAACCAAGAGUACCUACAUGACAAUUUUUGCUGCAAAAAUUGUGAGGCUGGAACCCAUGUGGAGAAGCCCUGCACUCAAGAGUCAGAGAAGGGAACGUGCGCGCCCUGUGAGCCCAGCACGUACACGGAGCACUCAAACGGCAUGCUGCGAUGUCUCCCGUGCACAUCAUGUCGCAACGACCAGCAGACGGUGGCUUCAUGCACCCGCACACAGGACACGCGGUGCCAUUGCAGACCCAGCACCUUCUGUGUGCCCGAGCAAGCCUGCGAAGUCUGUAAGAAAUGCAGCAGAUGUAAACCGGAUGAGGAGAAGGUGCAGAACUGCACAAGCACGUCCAACACCGUCUGCAGGAAAAAAGGCGUCGCAACCCUCCCCGACCCAACCCCCACCCCCACCCCCUCACCCGCUCCCAGCUCAGUUUCUCCGUUCAUCAUUAUACUGAUAGUAACAGCAAUUUUAGUCAUCAUUUCAUUAUUCAUAUAUUGUUUCUGGAAGAAGCAGCGGUGCAUCCACAGUAUAACAGCAGCUGAAAUGAACUCCAAGGACAUCGUGGUAAUUCCAAUGGCCAGUGAGAACAACCAGACAGUAGAAGAGCAACAGAAUGACCAGAAUGCUUUGCGGGAGGAGCCACAGCCAGGAAUUAUGUGCACACCAGAGGAAAUGCCCCUGAAGUCCACCUUAGACGAAGAAGACAAAGGGCUAGGGGACAGUCUGCCCAACACCACCAGCUCGUCGCAAACCAGCUUGCCACGCGACAGCCCAGAAUUGUGCAGGCCGCUGCCGAAAGAAAUGGAUUACCCGAACGAAAAACUAAUUCCAGCGAAAAAUCUCAAUGGGGAAGACGCCCUGAAGAAAAGCUUUGAUAUUAUUGGGGAAUGUCUGGAUGCACAUAUUUAUAACCGGUUUUUCCGGAAUAUAGGGCUGAGCGAUAAUGCCAUAAAAAAUGCUACCAGCUCUAAUCCUGCGGACAGAGUUUAUGAACUCCUUACGACCUGGAUGCAGCGAGAAGGGCGAAAAGCUGAUAUUAAUUACCUUAUUCAGAUAUUGAUUAGUUUAAAUCAAAGAUUAUCAGCCGAAAGCAUUAUUACAAAGGUAAUUGAAGAUGGACUUUAUAAGUAUGAUGACCAGUGCUCGUAAACGCAUGGCUUCACGGUUACUUGAAAAACUUGAAACAUGUUGGAACUGAGCCCUUGAAAUUACCUCAGGUAUAAGUUCUACUUGGGAAGGAAAGGCAGUGCUGACCUUUCCCCAACAUUCACUUGGAGCCCACUUGCCAGUUGCACACUGUCUCCAUCAGUUGUGGUCAGGGCUAUUACUGUGUGAACAGGACUGGAUAUACACUGGUUUAGAAUAAGCAGCAUAGCCAAAGGCACUUUUCAGUACAGUAUAUCCACUGAGCUGUUUUCCGAUGGGCUGUCAUCAGGCGCAGAUCUUCUGCCAGUGCUGUUAACCUUUCCAUCAGGUGUUUCGAAGACUUGUCUCUGCCCAUGGUACAAUAACUUGCAUGUGCCUGUAAGUUUAGUAUCAGGUCGGUCUUUUCAUUAAAACCAGCAUUAUUAUCCAUAGCUGGCUUUUCUGUAAUAGGUGUCUUGUUUUAUUAUUUUUUUUUUAGUUCCCUCACAAAGAUGUUUGCUUUCAUAAUUUUUAUUUAUAUGUCAGAAUUUCCAAUUUUUUUUUUUUUUUAAAAACUCAAGCACAAUUCCCCCAACUAUGAUUGCUUCGGGAAGCUAAUCCUGCUAUUAUGUGUUAUUUUGUAAAUUUAAUAGCUAUUUGUUUUAUGGAUGGAAGUUGAUGUAACAUUCUUCCAAUACAUAUAGCAAUGCUUCUUGUACGGUCCAAUAUUUAUUUUGACAAAAUAUUUUAUAAAUGUUUGUCUUUUAACUUGUUUUUUGUUGUUUGACUUUUUUAUAUAAGAAUGUAUAUUUUCUCUUAGGUCCUGUACAUUCUUAAAUAAAAAUAAUGAAUAAUACA